AUGGAUGAAGUAAUAUCAACAAAUAAUAACAAUGGUGAUGAAACUUCAACAAAACCAUCGUGUACUAUCUUUUGUUCAAAAGUAAAGUCAUUCAAUGGUGAUGCAGUGUCACCUGCAUUCCUAAACUCACAACGUGCUCUCAUUGUAAGUGAUACUCGAUCGUUGGUUGCAUCAUCCAAUCGUAUCGUUCAGCUUGAGGUGGAAUUCCCUGCCAAUCCAGUAAAGCACUUCACAAAGAUCGAAGGAAUUCCAACACCGAUCACCAUCGAACAACUCUGCGAGACAGAGAUUCCAAAUCAACUAAAGUCAGAGAUUCAAUCGAUCGUUGCAAGCUCAAAGUACCAGAGAAUCGGUGCAAUCGAUUCAAGAGGUGCAUUUGAAAUAUUCAGCAAUGAAGCAUCUCAAUUGAAAUCACUCUAUUCCGUCGGUGCCAAUAGCUAUGGUUCAAAGACGGAAUCUGGUUGGUCGGGAUUGUCGUUCGAUCCAGUGGCAAUCCAGAAUGUUGCAGUCGCUCGUUACUUCCAACGUCAAGUUCAUAUCUUUGACACCGAUAGACUCGCUACCACCUUUCACCUGACAAACAACCCGACACAGAUUGCAUACGUCCAACAUCCGAGUAGUCAGCAAUCGUUGUUGGCAGUGACAGAACACAAUCAAUUGAAUAUAUACGAUCCACGUUUGGCGCCACGCGAUGCAAUCGUUCAGAGAUUCCAACCGACUGCCGAUGUCCUCUACACUAUUACCACCGAUGGACAGAACGUUGCCGUUGGUGGAGCAUCGCGUUCCGUGCACGUCUACGAUUGUCGUCGUUGGACUAACCUCGGCAAUUGGUCGAGCUGUUUGAAAUACGAGAUUACCAAUGCACAUUUCUCAAGCAAGUAUCCCAGCGCCAUAUAUCUUGGUGGUCUCGAUUCAGAGAUACUCGCUGGCGAUUGGAAUGGUUCGGGAACGACCGAUCACUUUAGCGGACUCAGAGUGGAUUCAAGAUGGUUGGGAAUCAGCAAACUUAAAGGAAAAGAAACAUUGUUUGGAUUGACAGGAUCAGGUUCUGUUUAUUGGGUACACGAUGUAGAUAGACUAUACACACCUCCACCACCAAAAUCAAAGAAACAUACAUUAAAUAACAAAGAGAAACCAUCGAAAAAGGAAAAACAACAACAAAAACAACAAAAUAAAAAAGUAAAGACAGAUUCAACAACAACAGAAUCAACAGAAGAAUCAACAACAACAACAAAAGAACAACAGAAUAUAGAGAAUGAAAAAGUAAACCAAUAA